AAAACGACCGGAGAUGCGCUGGGCCAUUUGGCUGGGCGAUGCUGUGUGCACUGUGCGUGCCAAUCAUGGCGCCAAAAGUUUACGCAUUGUUUCUGUAAUUUAGUAGGGAUCAGUUCUUUGCCCUUUUGUUCCAACCGCACAGUACCCUUCGUUGCAGGCUGCCAGUGAUAAAGGUACAAAAAAAAGUGAGGUGUUCCUACGACGCGCUGUGUGGACCGCGAUCUAGACAAAUCGUUGCGUACACUUGAGAAUGUGUUACAUGUUUAUUUUGUCAACGAUUCGUGUGAUAUCAUUAUCUUAAAUCUCACGAGCCAGCCGCACUUUCAUGCCAUGCUGUGUGCAACGAAACUUAGUGAAUGCGUUCGUGCCAUGUAGAGUGAUCUUGAAAUAGUCGAUUGCACUCGAAGGGUCAUUCGAAGACGGCUCCUCGAAAACAAGCUACAAUGGAUACAUCGACGUUUUUAACCACAGUCGCUCAGAAAGUUCCUUUCGGUGACCUGUGCAAGCUCUGCGACAAGAUUUCCGGCAAGCAGGACAGGGGCGACAAGCGGAACCUGCUGGAGAAGUUCAUCGCGUAUUGGCGCGAGUUUCACGACAAACUGCACGCCGCGAAUGGAGUUCAAGCUGCAGCCGAUGAUUCCUUCUUUCCCGCUAUGCGGCUUCUGUUACCGCACCUGGACAGGGAUCGACCGGCGUAUGGAAUCAAAGAAGCCACUCUGGCCAAACUUUAUAUCGACGUGCUCGCCCUCGGCAAGGACAGUCCAGACGCUCAGAAGUUGCUGCGCUACAGAACGCCUCACGUGGCGAAAGCAGAGGCUGGUGACUUCGCCAGCGUUGCAUAUUUGGUGCUGCGAAAUCGCUGCCCGACCAAAGGGACGCUCACAGUAGCCGACGUCAAUCAGCUUUUGGAUGAAGUGUCUGAUGCACACGCUCACGGCGGCGCCGAAGGCAGUCGGCGGACGAGAGAUGCGUUAUGCACGCUGCUGCGCCGUACUUCUGCCGCAGAACAAAAGUGGCUGGUGAGAAUGAUUCUAAAGGAGAUGAAAAUGGGCAUGAGCGAAGGGAGUAUCCUUUCCUGCUAUCAUCCGGACGCGCAGGACGUCUUUGACAACAGCAGCAGUCUCUCGAAGGUUUGUAGAGAACUGAAAGACCCGAAAAUUCGGCAGCACGUUGUUCAAGUCACACUGUUCAACGCCGUGCGACCAAUGCUGGCCGAGCGAGCAGAGCCGCGCUCUGUCGAGCGUCUCUUGAAUCACGAGCCCUUCUUCGCCGAGACCAAGUUUGAUGGCGAGCGGCUGCAGGUGCACAAGGAUGGCUCAGAGUUCAGGUACUUCACACGACGCAGCCAUGACUAUAGUUCUGACUUCGGAGCCAAUGCUGAUGAAGGAUCUUUGACACAGUACAUAGCUAAGUCCUUUCAAAGCCAUGUAAAAAGUUGCAUCUUAGAUGGAGAGGUAAUAGGAUAUGACCCUAGGAAUGAUCGUCUUGUUUCAAAAGCUUCUCAUGUAGAUGUGAAAAGUUUAACAGAGAGUUCAUCAUUACAGCCCUGCUUUGUAGCCUUUGAUAUACUCCUCCUGAAUGGACAGGUAGUCACCAACAAGCCUCUUCAGGAGAGAGUCAAGCUUCUUGAUCAGGCUGUAGUGGAAGUUCCUGGCAGAAUACUGAUCUCUAAAAGGCAGAAUGGUUCGACACGAGAUGAUGCUGUUCGUUUUCUAAACCAAUCAAUCGAAGACCAAGAAGAAGGCAUUGUUCUAAAAAGGCUUUCUUCUGUCUACAAACCUAAUGCAAGAAAAGCUGGCUGGCUAAAACUCAAGCCAGAGUAUGUAGACAACUUAGUUUCAGAUCUAGACAUGCUUAUUCUCGGUGGGUAUUUUGGAGAAGGACGUCGCAGUGGUAUUGUCUCUCACUUUCUCUUGGGUGUCGCCAGUGGAGACUGCGACGACAAUGGUUUGCCACGGUCUUUCUGGUCAGUAGCGAAAGUGGGCUCGGGGUACAGCUUGAAAGAACUGGAUGACCUGCUUGCCAAAUUGACAUCCAAAUGGAAAGUUUAUGACCCGAAAAGACCUCCAGAAAAGCUUGUACUUGCGCAGGGCCUUAAAGAAAAACCAGACUUAUACCUUGAGCCAUCAGACUCUGUAGUGCUUCAGAUAAAAGCUUCGGAGCUGGUUCGUAGUAGUCAGUUCAGGACAGGUAUAACAUUGCGAUUUCCUCGUGUGGCUGCCAUUCGCCAUGAUAAGCCAUGGCAAGAUGUGCUGUCAUAUUCAGAGCUUUGUGAACUAGAGAAGGCAGCUGGUGGGAAACUGGCUACUGCCACUGUUGGCUAUGAUGACGAUGAUGGUGGUUCACCAGCAAAAAAGAGGCGCAUCGGAGCCAGCGUAAAGGCGUCUUUAGGCACACACUUUCAGCCAGCCAAUUUGUCUGAUGCAGUGAAGAAGCGAAGUACUCUUCAGGGAAAAGAGCUGUGCAUUCUGACUGGCUGUGGUGAUGUCACAAAGCAGAUGCUGGAAGUCCAGGUCGCUGAAUUGGCAGGCACCAUUGUCCAAAAUCCCAGCAAGGAAACAUUUUGUGUUGUUGCAGAGAAGCUAAACUUCAGAGCACGCAGUUUCAUCAAAUCGAGAAAAUGGGAUGUCGUUAAAGCAGACAAGUUUCUUGCACUUCUCAGUUCCCCUGAGCUUCGGCCAUGGGAGCCAGCAGACCUGUGGUGCUCCUGCACUGAAACAGAAAACCGGCUGAAGAGCUUGUUUGAUGAAUACGGUGAUAGCUACACAGCCCCUGUGACGGCAAGUUCUUUGCAGGAACUUUUUGCAACCAUUCCCAAAGAGGCGUGGAGCCAUGUUGAUGACUUAUCAGGGUUCAUAUUUAAGUUUGAGCAGGAGAACUUUGUUUCUCGGCCAGAGUGGGGCCUAUUCAGAAACUGCACAUUGAGACUGAGCGAGGAUAGUGAAUUAAAUAGACUAAUUAUUAGAUUGCAUGGUGGUAAGGUUUUGAACACUCCAGGGGAUGGGGAAGCUGACAAUGCAGUUUUUGAUUCGUAUAGCAUGGAUACUUCGGACGAAGUGUUGGAAGUGGAUAGUGAAUGGAUAGAUGAAUGCAUUCGAGCUGGUGAACUGCCUCUUUUUUCAUGAGUGGCUCCUACUCUGUCAUAGUGCCUCUUGGAAGCAGGGCAUGGCUAUUGCACCUGUGUAGCCAAAGCAUUAAUGUAUCACUAUUUGCAAAUCAAAAUGGCUGCCAGUACAAUGAAAGCUCUUGCAACUUGCUGUACUUGGAAACAGAAGCACUUCUUGUGUGCUUGUACUCUGUAAAAGAAUAUGACUGUGCAGCACUUGUAUAUGUAGAACUGCAUGUCGAUAAAAGCACAAUUGACUUUUUUUCAAUUCGCCUAUACACAUGGGCAUACACCCUCACCCCAGCAGCAUUGCCAUUACUGUAGGGCAGUUGUGCAAAGUGAGCGCGCGAUUCCUUGCAUUAUCUGUGGCAAUUACAUGGGCUUGAGGAAUUGAAUAAUAUAUUUGCUCAUUUUCUGGGCGAGAAUAUUGGUUAAAGGAGACAUUUCAGCAAUUAGUGGGAAAGACUGCAAGCUGUUUUGUCAGUGAAAAGGCUCCGUGAACUAACACUCAAGCGAUAGGUCAAUUGUUCGCAGUGGGUCUUAUGCCAGGCACUUCCUGUGCUGUCAAUUACACAAAUCGGCAAGGAAUGUCGAACUUGUUGUACUGGUGUGGCGCACACAGUCAAUUAAAAAAAGAAAAUAUGAUACCAGUGAGUCAUCACACCAUUCUUGCUGAGUGAGGCAAGCCUGUGUCUGGUACCAGCACACCACCAGCACUGUAAACAUUUGAAUUGCACUUGCUUCCCUGAUGAGCGACAAUCUCAUGGGCAUCAUUAAGGAGUGCGCAAUAGAAGUCGGUGGUAACACCAUUUAACAGGAAACCAGUAAGCUAUCGCAGGAGACGAAAGAUCUGAUCAAGAAACGCCAAUGUAUGAAAGCCUCUAACCCUACAGCUAGAAUAGAACUGGCAGAACUUUCUAAGUUAAUCAACAAGCGUAAGACAGCGGACAUCAGGAACUAUAAUAUGGAUAGAAUUGAACAGGCUCUCAGGGACGGAGGAAGCCUAAAUACAGUGAAGAAGAAACUAGGAAUAGGCAAGAAUCAGAUGUGUACGUUAAGAGACAAAGCCGGCAAUAUCGUUACUAAUAUGGAUGAGAUAGUUCAAGUGGCUGAGGAGUUCUAUAGAGAUUUAUACAGUACCAGUGGCACCCACGACGAUAGUGGAAGAGAGAAUAGCCUAGAGGAAUUCGAAAUCCCACAGGUAACGCCAGAAGAAAUAAAGAAAGCCUUAGGAGCUAUGCAAAGGGGGAAGGCAGCUGGGGAGGAUCAGGUAACAGCAGAUUUGUUGAAGGAUGGUGGUCAGAUUGUUCUAGAGAAACUGGUCACCCUGUAUACGCAAUGCCUCAUAACCUCGAGCGUACCGUAAUCUUGGAAGAACGCUAACAUAAUCCUAAUCCAUAAGAAAGGGGACGCCAAAGACUUGAAAAAUUAUAGACCAAUCAGCUUACUGUCCGUUGCCUACAAAGUAUUUACUAAGGUAAUCGCAAAUAGAAUCAGGAACACCUUAGACUUCUGUCAACCAAAGGACCAGGCAGGAUUCUGUAAAGGCUACUCAACAAUAGACCAUAUUCACACUAUCAAUCAAGUGAUAGAGAAAUGUGCAGAAUAUAACCAACCCUUAUAUAUAGCUUUCAUUGAUUACGAGAAAGCGUUUGAUUCAGUCGAAACCUCAGCAGUCAUGGAGGCAUUACGGAAUCAGGGUGUAGAUGAGCCAUAUGUAAAUAUACUGGAAGAUAUCUAUAGCGGCUCCACAGCCACCGUAGUCCUCCACAAAGAAAGCAACAAAAUCCCUAUAAAGAAAGGCGUCAUACAGGGAGAUACGAUAUCUCCAAUGCUAUUCACAGCAUGUUUACAGGAGGUAUUCAGAGGCCUGGAGUGGGAAGAAUUGGGCAUAAAAGUUGGUGGAGAAUACCUUAGCAACUUGCGAUUCGCUGAUGAUAUUGCCUUGCUUAGUAACUCAGGAGACCAAUUGCAAUGCAUGCUCACUGACCUGGAGUGGCAAAGCAGAAGGGUGGGUCUGAAAAUUAAUCUGCAGAAAACUAAAGUAUUGUUUAACAGUCUCGGAAGAGAACAGCAGUUUACGAUAGGUAGCGAAGCACUGGAAGUGGUAAGGGAAUACGUCUACUUAGGGCAGGUAGUGACCACGGAUCCGGAUCAUGAGACUGAAAUAGCCAGAAGAAUAAGAAUGGGUUGGGGUGCGUUUGGCAGGCAUUCUCAAAUCAUGAACAGCAGGUUGCCACUAUCCCUCAAAAGGAAAGUGUAUAGCAGCUGUGUGUUCCCAGUACUCACAUAUGCGGCAGAAACCUGGAGGCUUACGAAAAGGGUUCUGCUGAAAUUGAGGACGACGCAACGAGCUAUGGAAAGAAGAAUGAUAGGUGUAACGUUAAGGGAUAAGAAAAGAGCAGAUUGGGUGAGGCAACAAACGCGGGUAAACGACAUCUUAGUUGAAAUCAAGAAAAAGAAAUGGGCAUUGGCCGGACAUGUAAUGAGGAGGGAAGAUAACCGAUGGUCACUAAGGGUUACGAACUGGAUUCCAAGGGAAAGGAAGCGUAGCAGGGGGCGGCAGAAAGUUAGGUGGGCGGAUGACAUUAAGACGUUUGCAGGGACAACAUGGCCACAAUUAGUACUACAUGACCGGGCUAGUUGGAGAAGUAUGAUAGAGGCCUUUGCCCUGCAGUGGGCAUAACUAGGCUGAUGAUGAUGAUGAUGCUUCCCUACUACUGGUUCGGGAGUUUCAAUGAUGUUUUAAUCGACUAGUAUGUAUAUUGCAGGGUUUUUACCAUUUGCUGAAAAAUGCAGGCGGAGAUAGCUGUACAGUUACUUGGGGCAAAAUGAAAAGAGUUAUGUCGCCACACAGCCAAUCAGAAUGCAUCGUACAAGACCAAAGCGACACACCCGUGAUACCACAGUUUACCCAACUCGCAAGUCUUUUUUUUUCUCAGGCAAACAAAGCUUUAUGCACCUGAUAAAGGAACAUGUUACCUCCACACACCUUCUGCACUCCUCCCCCUCCCACCCCCCUUAUCCAUGCCAUAUGAUACAUAUCUCGAGAUAAAACAGCACUUUCCCUGCAGUACAUUCACAGUACGUGUGCAGAACUUUUGCAUGUUGUUUGUUCAUCAUGAGCUGCUUGCACUGCCCACUCUUAAGGGGAAGCUUUUGCAUGCGUAUGUUGACUACCUUAUUCAUGUCGAGCCACUCUAAACGACGGUUGAGUUUAUCCUGAAGAAAAUCCUGUCGCAAUGCUUUUGCCACUCACACAUGUAUUCACCAGUUGGGUCAAAGUAGUGGCCAAGCUGUUGAAGAAUAAAGACUGGCACAUCUCUCAAAUGUUGGUUACAAAUGGCCUGCACGUCGCGUCAGCAUGUUGUCUUCGCAUCGGUAUAUGGAAAAUGGGCUAUCGCUACACAUGAGCAAAUAAGUGCACGCUGGAGCAGGACGAUAAGAAGCUACUUCAACAACACAAAAAAAGAAGCAGAAGCAGGGAUGGUCGCCAUGAGAGACUGCUUGGUCAAGUAUUAUCACUGCGUAGAGGCGAGAAUCAGGGGGGACGUGUGUGUCUUGCCCGUCAAAUUUAGUUGAAGUAGUGGCCACUAUAGGGUUGGCGUAUUGGAAAAAGGUCCAUUGCAGCUACCUUUACCCAUUGGUCUCUGGUAUCAUAGCGGUGUGUUGAAACAUGCUUUGUUCUUUAGCUUCUACCAGUCCCAUUGAGAGAGAUGGCAGUCCAAUGUGUGCAGUCCAUCCACUCAUUUCAAGAUUGAAACUUUUCUGCUGUUGUUUGCAAUCGCAAGCUACACUUAGCUGUGUUAAUAAAACGAUUUUGUACAUGCGCUGCUUAUCUCCUCAAAUGAAUUGUGUAAAUGUACUGUUUACAAUUUUUAACUUAACCAUGUAGUAUUUGCCUUGUUUUGAAUUUACAGAUUUUAGUAUGCAAUGGAUUUGUGAAGUGAUAAAUGAGGUGAUUGUUGCUGUGCUUUUAGCUGUGUUUUUGUGAUUGUGAGAAAUAAAGUCAAGUUUUAAUGAUA